CUGUCCCCGGCUAACGUCCGGGCGGCCGUUAGCCGUACGGAGCUCACGCCGCGGCUCUCCAGCCACGGCAGGCAUUGAGAACCUGCCCUUUGAACUGCAGAGAAACUUCCAGCUCAUGCGAGAUCUGGAUCAGCGAACAGAAGACCUCAAGUCCGAGAUCGAUAAGUUGGCCACAGAGUACAUCAGCAACGCACGGACUUUGUCCUCGGAGGAGAAACUGGGGCUUCUCAAGCAGAUCCAGGAGGCCUACGGGAAGUGCAAGGAGUUUGGGGAUGACAAGGUUCAGCUGGCUAUGCAGACCUACGAGAUGGUGGAUAAGCACAUCCGGCGGCUGGACACGGACCUGGCCCGCUUCGAGGCUGACCUCAAGGAGAAGCAGAUAGAAUCGAGUGACUAUGACAGUUCUUCCAGCAAGGGCAAGAAGAAGGGCCGAGCCCAAAAAGAAAAGAAGGCUGCCCGUGCUCGCUCUAAAGGGAAGAACUCUGAUGAGGAGGCACCAAAGACUGCCCAGAAGAAGUUAAAGCUUGUCCGCACUAGCACAGAGUAUGGGAUGCCUUCCGUGACCUUUGGAAACGUGCAUCCUUCAGACGUACUGGAUAUGCCUGUGGACCCCAACGAGCCGACUUACUGCCUCUGUCACCAGGUCUCCUAUGGGGAGAUGAUCGGCUGCGACAACCCCGAUUGUUCCAUUGAAUGGUUUCAUUUUGCCUGUGUGGGUCUGACAACAAAGCCAAGAGGAAAAUGGUUCUGCCCUCGCUGUUCCCAGGAAAGGAAGAAGAAGUAAAAUGCUGCAGACCCUCAGCACUGCUGCAGGAGCUCUCUUCUCCCCUGCCAGGGCCUCGUCACAGCUCCCCCAGCCCUCGGGGCCUUGACUGGGGGGAGUUCUGCCCUGCUUGUGGUUUGGGCCAUCCCUGGAAUGGUGUGUACUACCCUCAUGACAGUUCCUGUGUGUGCUGUAUUUCUGGCUGCUUCCAAAUUCCUAAGGAAGGACCUCUUUGUGUACUAUUCCAAACAGGUCUCUGAACCUCAAAGGGAAUGAACCAGGGUAGCCACCAGAUUCCCAGGGAUUCAGGUAGCCCCUAAUUUUCCUUGGCUUUCCUUCAGCCCCCUCAGAGUUCAUUGCCCACUCUCUGCUUAGGGAACAAGGCUAUGAGGGAUGGGGGAAGGAAAGGAGGUAAGUCAGCAUUUUAGGUCUCUAAUUUUCCUGGAUCUUUCUCAGGAAAGAGGGAGUAACCAGGCCACUUCUYUGGCUAGUGGUUUGGUUGAGAGACUGAAAACCUACUGUACUCCCUGUCUAUAACCAUUCCACUACUGUCUGGCAUUGAGCAGCCUCUUUUGGGAAGAGGAGGAGGGAAGAGUGUUCAGAGCUAGCUUUGUCUGUCUUAUUCCUUUCCUGGGAUAAACCUGCUGGCCUAGGACGCACAUUGUGCAAAGGAGGAAGAAUUUAUGACUGUGUGGGGAGAAAUGGAUUAUCAAGUCUGUCUUCAGGCACCAGAAUUCUCCCUUCCUUUUGUGCAUUUGGGCUUCUCUGUUCUGUAUGUGAUGGGAAGUUUGGGAAACCAGAUCCCACUGUAAAAUACA